AUGGCGCGACAAAAGCGAGGUGACAACUGGGUUGAUGUGAGUUUGAUUUCUUUUAGCUCAAUAGCGUGGACUUCACUAAUACUAGAGCUAUCUCAGGGCCUCCGGGGCAUUGCGGCUUUGAUUGUCGUAACUUACCAUCUCUGUUCUUGCUUCGCAAAUUGGCUCAACUCCCCAGCAAUAGCAGAGAAGGGACCGGCCAGCCUAUUUCAAUACCCUAUUCUUCGACUUGUGGUUGGUGGCCGUCUUGCUGUGUCGCUCUUCUUUGUCAUCACCGGAUACGUGAGCUCUCUCGGUGCACGGAAACAUAUUCGAAAUGGCGACACCGACGUUGCACUUUCCAACCUUUCUAAAAGCACCUUUACUCGAACCGCAAAGUUGGUUGCUCCAACAAACAUUGGUGUCUUCUUGGCAUGGCUGGUUUGCCAACUUAAUGGAUAUCGACUCGCAAGCAAAACGGACUCCAACUGGAUCAGAGGAGGUGCAAAUACCCCAGGGCCUACGUUUGGAGCUGCUUUGAACGGUCUGUUUCGAAACCUUGUAUUAUUUUGGCACAGUGGUGGAUCCGAAUAUGACCACACUUAUUGGACAAUCCCUUUCUUUCUCAAGGGCUCGAUGCUUGUAUACCUCACGAUACUGGCGACAACGUUCACACGCCCAAUAUCCACAAAAAUUAUUUUAGUCUUUCUCUAUCUUUUCGCUUGGUCGGGUGGACAGGCACUCAUGGAAAUGAAUAUCUAUGCCGGGAUGUUUUUGGCGGAGUUGAAUUCCGACUUUGGCAGUCGAGCUACAUCUCUAAUUCCAGCCCCCAUAUCAGCACUUAUGAUAUUCAUUGGAUUAUUUCUAGCGUCUUUUCCCGAUGAGCACCCCGAAUGGAUGCUCUGGAGUCGCACCGUCAACACACUUGCAAGCCCAUUCAUCCCGAACGGUGGCGAGUUAAAUCGAUACGUUAUUUCUGUCGGAACAAUUAUCUCUGUGGCAGGUGUAUUCUUCUCGCCUCAUGCGCGUCGAUUCCUCACGACUCCUGCUAUGAAUUUUCUCGGGAAAGUCUCCUUUCCUAUCUAUCUUCUUCACAACACCCUCAUACGCACCGUGUUGUGCUUCUUUUUAUACCGAAACUCGGUCCUGGCGCAAGGACUACACCCAGUGAAUGCAAAAGGUGAGCCUGCAUGGCUGGAGAGAGGAGGGCCUUUGACAUUUGUCAUCACGAUCACAAUCUUUUACACGACUCUUCUUUACACCGCGCAUUUAUGGACAAUUCAUGUGGAUCCGCGAUGUGAAAGAGCCGUGUCUUGGCUGUCGAGUAAGGCUUUUGGAGAAAAUAAUAGCCCAGAUCUGGGGGAAAUGGAGCCAUUGGAUGGAAUUUUGAAAGGAAUGAAUGAGGAAACCGGCCCAGCAAAUGGCAUGGAUCUGAGAUAG